GCAUAAACCUUGCCCAAACUACACAGAAGUUGCUGUGGACCUAGGUAAUAGAGGCUGAGCAAAUAUGGCCAAUGGUAAUGACAACAAGAAAUUCAAAGCAGAGGAUAAAAUGGAUGGGGCUCCUUCUCGUGUUCUUCAUAUCAGGAAAUUGCCUGGUGAAGUGACAGAAACAGAAGUUAUUGCUUUAGGCUUACCUUUUGGUAAGGUAACCAACAUCCUGAUGCUAAAAGGAAAAAAUCAGGCUUUUUUGGAGCUGGCAACAGAAGAAGCAGCUAUCACUAUGGUUAAUUACUAUUCCGCUGUGACACCUCAUCUUCGUAACCAACCCAUCUAUAUUCAGUAUUCUAAUCAUAAAGAGCUAAAGACUGAUAAUACACUAAACCAGCGGGCUCAAGCUGUUCUUCAGGCAGUGACAGCAGUACAGACAACAACUCCCAUUAGUGGAACUACUGUUAGUGAAAGUGCCGUGACUCCAGCUCAGAGUCCAGUACUUAGAAUAAUUAUUGACAACAUGUACUACCCUGUAACCCUGGAUGUUCUUCACCAAAUAUUCUCUAAAUUUGGUGCUGUGUUGAAGAUAAUCACAUUCACAAAGAAUAACCAAUUUCAAGCUUUACUGCAAUAUGGUGAUCCAGUAAAUGCACAGCAAGCAAAAUUGGCAUUAGAUGGUCAAAAUAUUUAUAAUGCUUGCUGUACCCUACGGAUUGACUUUUCCAAACUGGUGAAUUUAAAUGUGAAGUACAACAAUGAUAAAAGUAGGGACUAUACUCGACCUGAUCUUCCAUCUGGUGAUGGGCAACCAGCAUUGGACCCAGCUAUUGCUGCAGCAUUUGCAAAGGAGACGUCACUUCUAGGGCUUCCUGUUGCAGCUGUUCCAGGAGCGCUGAGUCCUUUGGCUAUUCCAAAUGCCGCUGCUGCUGCAGCCGCUGCUGCUGCUGGCCGAGUGGGUAUGCCUGGAGUUUCAGCUGGUGGCAAUACAGUUCUCCUGGUUAGCAAUUUAAAUGAAGAGAUGGUUACGCCCCAAAGUCUGUUUACCCUCUUCGGUGUUUAUGGGGAUGUGCAGCGUGUGAAGAUUUUAUACAAUAAGAAAGACAGUGCUCUUAUACAGAUGGCAGAUGGGAACCAGUCACAGCUGGCCAUGAGUCAUCUUAAUGGACAAAAAAUGUAUGGAAAGAUUAUUCGAGUUACACUUUCCAAGCAUCAGACAGUACAGCUACCUCGAGAGGGACUUGAUGACCAAGGGCUCACUAAAGAUUUUGGUAAUUCACCCUUGCAUCGCUUCAAGAAACCUGGCUCAAAAAAUUUUCAGAAUAUAUUCCCUCCAUCUGCAACACUUCAUUUGUCCAAUAUUCCACCAUCAGUGGCAGAAGAUGAUCUGCGCACACUGUUUGCUAACACUGGAGGCACCGUGAAAGCAUUUAAAUUUUUUCAAAGAGAUCACAAGAUGGCACUUCUUCAGAUGUCAACAGUGGAAGAAGCUAUUCAGGCUUUGAUUGAUCUGCAUAAUUACAAUCUUGGAGAAAAUCACCAUCUGAGAGUUUCUUUCUCCAAAUCAACAAUUUAAAAUGGGAGAUAAAAAAUGAAGGUGUAUCGCAUUGUUCAGUGUUGUCACCUAUUGACUGUUCAGGAGAGUGGGGACCAGAGUUUGACUUCUGUCUUUCAUGCUGUUAUCAUUCCUUGGUUGUUUUUAAAAAAAAAAAAAAAACAUUCGUAAGAAAAUAAAAGCAGUGAUAUUAACUGUUGGUUUUUCAUCUGUUGUUUAGAGAAACAUCAUUUUGUUUAAAAGGGUUUCAAGUUAAGCCCACAGUUUUUCAAGUUAGUUGACAUACGUGCCUUAAAAAAGAAAACUAAUGUUGCUAGUAAAAUGAAUUUGGUUGGCUGGGGCACAGUGUUAUAUGAGAAUUAAAAUAUAUUUAGGCAGGGUUGUGUAAAAAGGUUAAGGUUUUUGUUUCUCCUGCUUGGAAUUAUUUUAUUACUUAUUGGGUUGUCACGUACCUUUCUUUUUAAUCAGAUAAGAUACAUUACUUUGAAAGAUUAAAACACAGUAUAUUUUAUUUCUGCUACUUUAACUUUUUUUUGUAAGUGGCCUUCUGUAUUUCAUGAUUCUGGUCUAGAUUCAGUUAUGAAUGUAGGCAUUAGAGAAAAUUAACAAGGUACAGAAUAUUAAUUUCUUAAAGGAGAAAAAAGUGAUUUCUGUGUUUUUUGAGCCUUAUGUGGAAAGCAUUGUGGAUAGAAUCUUAACCUUUUUGUACACACUCUUGUGGGACGUAUCAUAUAAAUGUCAGCACUAAGUAAUGUCUUGUUUGUGGUUGAACAUUUUUCGUAGAUGUUUUUGAAGUUGACAUGACUUAUGUGCAUUUAAAUAUAUAUUGCCAUCUUUAGUUUGUAAUUAAGAUUUGGAAUAUGGUUGUGGAUUUCUAAGCAUGUGCAGACUGGUCUAGCUAGUUCAGGAACUGGUGCAUGUAUUUUUCAAAGAUGAAGAAAGUGUACUGUGAACACUUGCAGGAAGGUUAAUUUUGUGGCAGUUUUUUAAAACUGACAACCAGGUGGGACCAAAGUUUAUGUGCCUUUAGUCUUAAUUUACCUUGCAUUGUAAUAUUCAGUUUUAAUAAAUCUCUUCAAAAUAUUUUGUAUUUAGAAAUCGAUCUGACUUUACUAUAAACAUGGCUCAGAAUCUACAGAUCAAAUUAUUUUGAAAACAGUUCUUCUGUCAAUCUGAACUGUUUAAUCUGAUUCUGUUUAAAUGACCAAUACUUUUUGAAAUUGAUGUACUUAGUUUCAAGAUUCAUAGAUUCUGUUAUCUAUGUAGAAAAAGGUCAUGUAUAUUUUCUAUUAGUUAAGUUUUUACAUCUUUAGAAAUGUAAAAUUCAGUAUAGUUUGAAAGCGGCACAAUUAAAAAUUAAUUUUCUAACAAAGUUGGAAGGUUUGACAGUCGUUUAAUUUCAUUUUGUGUGUACUCUGCUUACCUCUGUAGCAUGCUCAAUAAACACUUCUGUAGCUCUGUAUUCACCUUUUCUGUCUUUCUCUGCUGCCUUUUCUCUCUUCUCUUCUUUGUUUUCUACUCCCACUGUGCUUCUGAAUUCAUGUUUAUUCUCUGCCAGGGUGGGAAAAGAAUAAUCAUAGUAAUAAUUUUACAAAUGUAUGGCUUUAUACCAUAAGUAAAUCUGAUGCUGUGAAAAUACAUCAGCUCCUUAUAUUUAGAAAGACAGUAACUGCUUUGGAGGAGUACAUGUAUAUUACACGUUUCCCACCCUGUUAUAACCUAAUACUUUAAGGACAACUUUUGUUGUGGUUUGUUAGUGCUCUUUUUCUUCUCUCUUUUCUGUUUUUAAGUAGAUUUAUGCACUAAUAGAUCUCUCAGGUUUGCCAUGCUGUCUUGCUGCAAUUUCAUCUUCCAUCUUUUGUGUCUGUUAAAGAUUUUCUACUAAUCAUAAAAUAUUCUCAUGGGUUAAAAAACAAAACAAAAAAAACCCC